AUCGCAUCCACUACUGGAGCCAAAGCCAGCUUGAUCGGUGACGAUUUAUUAGCUAGCCGUCGUCUGAUAGCUCAAUUGGUUAGCUGAUUAACGUGGUGCAGAAGAAGAAGUUGAGCUAGCUAGCGAUGGUGGUUUCAAUAUUGACUCACCCGUUCAUGGCUGCGGCGGCGUGCGUCGCCGUCGCGUUGGCUCUGUUGGCCACGACCAGCAGCGCGCAGCUGGACCCGCACUUCUACGACAAGGCGUGCCCGGCGGCGCUCCCCACCAUCAAGAGGCUCGUGGAGGAGGCUGUGGCCGCGGAGCCCCGCAUGGGCGCGUCGCUGCUGCGGCUGCACUUCCACGACUGCUUCGUCAACGGGUGCGACGGGUCCAUCCUGCUGGACGACACGCCCUUCUUCACCGGCGAGACGAUGGCCGCGCCGAACGCCAACUCCGUCCGCGGCUUCGACGUGAUCGACCGCAUUAAGGGCGCCGUCAACGCCGCCUGCAGGGGCAACGUGGUCUCCUGCGCCGACGUCGUCGCCAUCGCGGCACGCGACUCCGUCGUCGCGCUGGGAGGGCCGUCGUACGACGUGCCGCUGGGCCGCCGGGACGCGCGGACGGCGAGCCAGGCGGCGGCGAACAGCAGCAUCCCGGCGCCGACCUUCGGCAUCGACCGCCUGGCCUCCAACUUCGCGUCGCACGGCCUCUCCCUGCAGGACCUCGUCGCGCUCUCGGGAGCGCACACGCUGGGGUUCUCCCGCUGCACCAACUUCCGAGACCGCCUCUACAACGAGACCGCCACCCUGGACGGCUCCCUCGCCGCCUCGCUCCGGGCCGCGUGCCCUCGGGCCGCCGGCACCGGCGACGACAGCCUCGCGCCGCUCGACCCCACGCCCGCGCGGUUCGACGCCGCCUACUUCGCCUCGCUGCUGCGGAACCGGGGAGUGCUGCACUCGGACCAGCAGCUGUUCGCCGGCGGCCCCGGCGUCGCGGACGCCCUCGUGAGGUUGUACGCCGCCGACACCGACGCCUUCAGGAGGGACUUCGCGGACGCCAUGGUGAGGAUGGGCAGCCUCAGCCCGCUCACCGGGAGCAACGGCGAGAUUCGCUACAACUGCCGGAAGGUGAACUACUCUUGAGUGAAUUUGGUUCACAUCUGAUGCAGGAAGGUCUAGAACCAUGUCAGCGUGCUGUGGAAUCCACAGCUGUUCUUGCGCUCGUGUCAAACAAACAUAGUGUUCUUGUUAUUUGAGUUAAGUUUUCUACAUUUAUGUUGUUUUGUCACCGGUAAAGAAGAGCUUUAUUACGGCUGUUUCUUAUUUUGCUGUAUUCUUUCGUUUAUUUAAUUUGAUUGGCAGUUUGUGAGGUUUGCAAGGUA